UCGAGCUGCACAAUUGUGCGUGGGAGGAGAAAGGGGAGAAGGUGGAGGACCGAAAGAGAGCCUGGGAGAAGGAACAAAAGCAAACUGGGAGCCAGACUCAGAUCAAGGAGGCCAGGAAGGUGGCAGUGGUAAACUGGUGGAAAACAGUCCGUGCAGAGGGAGCUAAGGGCUGCACAAAGGAAACCAUUUUGACCCAGGAGCUCUCUGAGACUCGGGCAAAGCUCCAACAAGCCGAGCAUACCAUCACUGACAUGAGGGAGCAGCUCUGCCACCUGCAAGAAUCUCUAAGAUCUGCACAGGAGCAGGCUGAGCAAAAACACGCAAGUAGACUUCUGUACAUUGAUAAGGGAAGCAACACUGAGCGAAAAGAAGCAGAGAGAGCUGUGGAGAGGGUGGUGAAGGAUCAAAGGGAUGCAGCAGUGGCCACGGAUCCUGUGGAGACCAGAGGGGGAACAGCCUCUGUGCAGGAACACAGCCAGGUUCAGGAGACCACCGACGGCCUCCUGGUAACUCUCAAAAGGAUGGAGGCGAUGGUCAACAGCGCCCUGGAGACCGCCGAGCUGGUGAGAGAGAGCGAGCAGAGGGUGAGCCAGGUGAGAGUGAGGAUGGAGAGCAUCACUCAGAGGGUGGAGGAGGCGCUGGGCCGAGCAGCCGACACUGACAAGCAGCUGAACGAUCUGGAGGCCAGGAUCACAGAGAAAACUCAAACUCAGUCUCCAGGUCAUGGCGUGCCAGCAGACCCUAGAACAGACACCGCAGGGUUUAUAGCCGAGGCUGACGUGAAGCCUGAAGAUACAGACGGAACAGAGCGUUCUCCUCCCUCUCCUGCAGUACCAGAACUCAGUGAGCCUCCUGAGCUACCCAUGAAUGGUGGCAGAGGACGAAGCAGCUGCAGCAAGGUCCAGGAAGAGGAGGAACACUUACGGCAGGAACCUCCGCCUGAAGAAAGUAACCCCAAGGACUCCUGUGACGCCGAGCGCACUGCUGAGAGAACUUUUAUUUUCCCCCACACCCGCUCUCGUCCCUCAUUGCCCCCCGCCAUGCCCUCGCUGCCUGAGGAAGAGGAGGACUCUCCCGAGGAGCUGGACAGCUCCUCCAGCUCCCCCAGUACGUCUGCUCCAUGUGAAAGCCGAACCGUCGUCAUGACAGCCCCCACCAUCGUCUACCCGCAGCAGGCCACUAUUGUCCAGCAAGACGGUCGUCCCCUGGAGCAGGCCAGGCCACACAGUCCCAGAGCUCGUCUGCCCAGAAACUCCUCUGGAGGACCCAUCACCACAGUCGACAGCACAGGUAAUGUGAUCGACCUGGUGAAAGAUCAGCUCCCCGAGGUGCCGCUCUCUGACGAGGAUCGACAGAAGAAUCUGGACCUGAUCGAACAGGCCAAGAAGGUCAGCGACCGCUUCCUGACCCGCCGCGGCCGUCGGUCCACCAGCAGCCUCACGGACUCGCCCACAGGUCUUUCUCCAACUCCAACGCCAUCGUCCUCACCGUGUUCAUCUAGAAGCAGCUCGCUCACUGUGGCCCCUCAGACCGCUCCAGGAUCCUCGGAGGCGUCCGGUCAGCAUCUGGAGGUGCCUUCAGUGAGGGAGCAGCCUGAUAACGUGACGAGCCAGGAUAAAGAGGGCAGGCUCGUGGUGGAAUGGAAGCCCGCUGAGAAAAGAAAAGUGUCAUCUGGGACUCUAACGCCACGUUUUGCUGUUCAGAAGGAGAACUCUGAUCUGGUUGCACCUAAGAGUCCUACAGCGGUCAACAAAGCAGAUGAGUCCGGUCGAAACUCAAACCAGGCCCCGGCUACAGGGGUGGCCAAGCCUGUCCCCAGACCCCAUACUCAGCAGGCCCCCUGUACUGCUGAGAUCAAGACUAUUGGAGCCUUUCCUCCACUAAUGAGAGCCGUUUCCUGGGACACUGUAGGCAGCCUUAAUUCCAGAAACGGAGCGCCGAGUUUCCCUCCGACGCCCGAGGACACCUUUUCAGACAAGCCCAGGGAUGCUGUCUUCAAGUCUUCCGGGUACAAAGACCUCCCCACCCAGCCGGGGGGUGUGCAGAAGCUGUCUAAACUCAGAGAGGAGCACAAGCUGAUGCGUAACCAAAGCAUUGUAGGAUCCAAGUUACCAGACUUGAGUGAAGCUGCUGAACAGGAAAAAGGCGCUCCACCUUCUCCCACCACGGCCAGUAGUGAGGAGAUAAAGGAGAAGUCUGACGCCAUGCCGAACAUUUCAGACAUCAUGCUGAGAAAACUGAAGCUUCACCGAGGUCUGCCGGGCUGUGCACCCCCACUCAGUGAAAAAGAAGUUGAGAAUGCUUUUGUCCAGCUGUCACUGGCAUUUCGUAAUGACAACUACACUCUGGAGACGCGACUCAAGCAGGCAGAGAGGGAGAGGAACAUGACUGAGGAAGACACGGAGAAAGAACUAGAAGAGUUCAAAGGAGCCCUCAAGAUGACUUCACCGCAGUGGCAGAACCUGGAGCAGCGUGAGUCCUACCAGCGCCUAAUAGAGACGAUUUCAGUGCUGCACCGACUGGCCACGCGGCUCUCCAGCAGAGCCGAGAUCGUUGGAGCCGUCCGACAGGAGAAACGUAUGAACAAGGCCACUGAGGUCAUGAUGCAAUAUGUGGAGAAUUUGAAGAGGACGUAUGAGAAGGACCACGCAGAGCUGAUGGAGUUUAAGAAGCUGGCCAACCAGAACUCAAACCGCUAUGGAGCGUCUGUAGACACUGGAGAUGACGGCGUUCCACGGGCGUCAAGGUCCAUGUCCCUCACCCUCGGAAAGGCUUUGCCCAGGCGCAGGGUGAGCGUAGCGGUGGUGCCUAAGUUUAACCUCCUUAACAUCCCGGGUCAGACCCCAGCCACAGCUGGCCCCAACGCUGGACCCGCAACUGGUGCUGCUCUUCCUGUCCUGUGUGAAGCGAAUGAUGUAAAAGGCAACACGUCUACAGAGCCAGCACAACCAGUAGCAGAAUGUGGAAAGAGUGUGCCGGAGCAGGAAAGUGAGCCAGCCAAGCCUCCUGUAAACUUGGAGGAGCUCAGAGCCGAGAUCAAGGCGAAGAUCGAAGAGGAGGCGUACAAUAAAGGCUACCAAGAGGGACUGAAGCAAAGCAAAGUGAUCCAGGAGGAGAAAUGUGAGGAGGAGAAAUUGCUGGAAUCAAAAGAUAAGGACGAAGAGAGCGGAGAGAGUCUAAAGAGCAGCAGGAGGAUGGAAGAGGUCCUGGCUGUUCUUGGUCAGUUCCGGCCUAAGAUCCCCAUAAGUCGGCGGCUUCUUUGGGUCUCCCUGACGCUGCUGGUGGCGAUGUGCGUGGUUAUCAGUAUUUUUACGUUCUUCACCGACUACUACAACCGACGUGAGGACACGUAAGGAGGAGAGAGGGACUUUGUGCAAGACGUGAUGGAGAUUGUUUGGACUGGGUGUUGCGGCCCAACAGCAGAACGACAGAGACCACGGCCACCAUGUCUCUGUCCAUUUACCAUAUCAUCACCCUCGGACUCACUUGAAUCAAAUGGCCCUCACGGGUCAAAGACAUUUUGGGAGGCUGUAUGGAUGAUGUUGCAUUUUCCUAAUGGUCAACAGGAUUAAGUUUUAUUUUUAUUUAGAGCGGAAAGUUGAACGGUUUGUUUUCUGCAGCGACAAAUGAUUUCUGUUUAGGGACCAACGAUACAGUGUGAUGAAAUAUAUAUUUAAUUCAAUUAGAUGAGUAUGUAUUGGUGGUUCUGUUACUUCGGAUGAUGAACAUGGCACUUUCAAUAAAACGCCACAGUCGAAAACAUUUAUAUUUAUCUACACUAUAAUAUUAAGAUAUAACCUCUCAGGUCCAUUAGGUAAUUAAGCCCCUGAGGAAUUUUGAAUUCGUAUUUAAAGGUUGUUUUAAUUUGUUGUUUAAUAUCAAUAAAGGAUAUUUAAUAUAUAAGCACAUUCCAGAGUAGCUGCUUCAGUGCAAUAUUUUGCAGUUGAUGGUUCUCGGUUGUGUCAUUUUGGAUUGUGUGUUCAGAGCACUGACAGAUUUCCUUCUUGUAUGAGAGCACUGUUUAGAUAGCAUGAGGUCUACCUUUCUGUUCUUUUUUUUUUUUUUUUUGCACAUGUGUGCCUGACUGGUGUUGGUUGUGGAUUUCAUGCUCUGCCACUUCACCUUUAAAUAAAAAGGUGCCUGAAAAUA